AUGGAUCUGGGCUGCCCGCGUCAACAAAAUAAGAUGGAGGAGAAUCCCAGAUCUCUUAACCUUGACAAAUACAGAAUUUCAUUUAAAUCAUACACUUCGGAAUAUCAGAACCAGCCCUCGGGUUCAACUUCAAUUGGAGCCAUUGCUUCAUCUACAGUUGGACUGUCAGAGAAUGAACCACAGCCAGGCAAUGAUAGUUUGAGAAAACUGUUGAAGGAAAAAGCCCCAAAUCUCCUCUUGGAGUUCGAAUCAUCAGGCAGUCUUUCCAUCACGUCACGAAAACUGCUUGUUAAAGUAUCUGUGAGCCAUCUCGUGGAACAGAAGGGAUUCUAUCCCUCAAAGGAUGACAAAAUACUUCUGGCUAGAAGUAUAGUAACAGUCUUUCCCUCGCUAAAGAUAAACUACCAGGAAAAAAAUGAAGGAUUUGAGCAUUUCUUUGACCCAGUUUCCCAUUGUGGAACACGUCUCUCUCGUGAAAAGGACGAGAUGACUUUCCUCGUCCCGUCACCCGAGCCUCCGCGGAGCCCCUUACCCCCUGCCCCUCGCCUCUCGCCCCCGUCCGGACGCAGGGGUGGAGAGGGCCCGGGAGCUGGGCAUCUCCUGGGGCUGUAUCUGAUGUCGGCUGCUCAGGAUGUGAAGCGACUAUUAAUCCCCUCAUCGAUUCACUUGUGGUGA